AUGACCGUAGUAGCGGGCGAUAAUAUGGACGAGACCUCGGCUGUCCCCGGCCACCCUCAGGACACCUACCCCCCUGACCACACCGACCACGAGUGCUGCGAGAGGGUGGUUAUCAACAUAGCCGGUCUUCGUUUUGAGACGCAGUUGAAAACGCUCUCUCAGUUUCCGGAGACGUUGUUGGGCAACCCGAAAAAGAGGAUGCGGUACUUUGAUCCUCUGAGAAAUGAGUACUUCUUUGACAGGAACCGUCCCAGCUUCGAUGCCAUCCUUUAUUACUAUCAGUCUGGGGGGAGGCUGAGAAGACCGGUGAAUGUCCCCUUGGAUAUGUUCUCAGAAGAAAUCAAAUUUUACGAGCUGGGAGUAGAGGCGAUGGAGAAGUUUCGUGAGGAUGAGGGCUUCAUCAGGGAGGAAGAGCGUCCUUUACCCGAGAAGGAGUUCCAGCGUCAGAUUUGGCUCCUCUUCGAGCACCCAGAAAGCUCGGGCCCUGCCAGGGGAAUUGCCAUAGUGUCCGUGAUGGUGAUCCUGAUUUCAAUAGUUAUAUUUUGUUUAGAGACUUUACCACAACUGAAAGAGGAUCCAGCAGGCCGAAUAGAGAGAGUGGGGAACAUUACAAUUUAUUAUAAGCCCGACAUCCUCACUGACCCCUUCUUCAUCAUCGAGACUCUCUGUAUAAUCUGGUUCUCCUUUGAGUUGAUAGUACGCUUCCUAGCAUGCCCGAGCAAACCGGCCUUCUUCAAGAACAUGAUGAACACGAUUGACAUAGUGGCCAUCAUCCCUUACUUCAUUACACUUGGCACUGAGCUGGCAGAAGACCCAGAUAACGAGGGGGUGGGAGAGCAGGCAACAUCUCUGGCCAUACUCAGGGUGAUUCGUCUGGUCAGGGUGUUUAGGAUCUUCAAGCUGUCGCGACACUCUAAAGGACUCCAGAUUUUGGGACAGACCCUCAAGGCCAGCAUGCGAGAGCUAGGACUGCUGAUCUUCUUUCUGUUCAUUGGAGUCAUCUUGUUCUCCAGUGCUGUCUACUUUGCUGAGGCAGAGGAGCAAGAUUCGCACUUUGGCAGCAUCCCGGAUGCAUUUUGGUGGGCUGUUGUGUCCAUGACAACUGUGGGCUAUGGGGACAUGGUCCCGGUCACUAUAGGAGGCAAGAUUGUGGGAUCUCUGUGCGCCAUCGCUGGAGUGUUGACAAUUGCGCUCCCAGUGCCUGUCAUUGUGUCCAACUUCAACUACUUCUACCACAGGGAAACUGAGGGAGAAGAGCAAGCCCAGCUGCUCAACGUCAGCACUCCCAACAUCCCGUCUGAAACCAACUCCAGCCGCCGUAGUUCAUCUACCGUCAGCAAAUCAGAGUACAUGGAGAUUGAUGGAGAUAUAAACAAUAGCAUCGAUAACUUUAGGGAGGCAAACCUCAGAACUGGCAAUUGCACUAUAGCCAACCAGAACUGUGUAAAUAAAAGCAAGCUGCUUACCGAUGUUUAGACACUAGCUAGGAAUUUUAGUCUCUCUACGAGACUGUUAUAGAUGGAGUAGACCGUAAGUUAGGAAUGCUUCAUUUACCUCCCCAAAGCGCUCUAUGGCAUUAGGCCUGCAAUUAUGCUCAGCUAUACCGAAAGGAAACAGAAAAAAAACAAAACAAAGCUGUUAGAGUACAUGACAGGUAGAAAGAAUAAUUAUUCUGAUACUACAAAUAUAUAGUCACAUCAGAGAGAAGACAUUGAUCAUUACACACACACCAGGCUCCCUCGAGGACCCAGAGCACACGCCGUCUUCUCAGACCACAGUGUGAUAAUUAAAAUCUUAUAUGCAUGG